CAAGAAUUGCCGCGGCGACAUCACAACUCCGAUCUCGAGCACAGCGCUGCACCUCAUCCCCGACUUUCAACACCUCCUCCGCGCCUUCCUCGAUCGCACCACCUCUAGUAGACCUUUACCCUCGUGCCGCAACCUGCUGCCUCCACAGGAACGCCGCCAUCCGAUUUCACUGAACGUCUCCAACUGCGAUACCGCAUCGUGGUUCUACUCACCUACCUUUCAAAUGAGGCCUUGACUUGCCUUUGAGCGGAGUCCCGCUAUACAACAAUUUCCAACAGCCUUCCUCUGCGCGCAACUCGACCGCCCCCAGCUCACUCACCCAAACCAUGGCCACCGAAGCCGGGCCCUCGAUCUCGGGGCCGCCAGACGGGAUGAAGGCCCAGGAAACGCACGAACCCCCGCCGUCGAGCAGCAAACCAGACAAAGACGAGGCCGAUACCUGUCGAAUAUGUCGCGGCGAGAGCACCGCCGAUGAGCCGCUGUUCUACCCGUGCAAGUGCAGCGGCAGCAUCAAAUACGUCCACCAGGAGUGUCUCAUGGAGUGGCUGUCGCAUUCGCAGAAGAAGUAUUGCGAGCUCUGCAAGACGUCGUUCCGCUUCACAAAGCUCUACCACCCCGGCAUGCCGAGCCGCAUCCCCACUUCCGUCUUCAUCCGCCGCGCCGCCGUACAUAUCUUCAACAUGUUCGUGACAUGGUGCCGGGCGGUAAUGGUGGUCUCGGUGUGGCUGAUACUUUUGCCGUGGUGCAUGCGUGUGGUCUGGCGCAGCCUGUUCUGGGUGGGAGACGGUGGCUUUACACGAGAUGUCUACUCCGAACCUGUCGAAAAUGCGCAACAGGCCCCACAGCCGCCGUCGUUUGACCUGGAGGCGGUCCGCUCCGCCGUGGAAUCCGCCAAAGCCGCCAACACCACAUUUCCCCUCCCUCUGCCGAGCCUAAUGAGGCCCUUUUCUCAGACGCUGAAUAUGAGCGCCGGCGAGCCCACCGUCUGGACAUUAAUCGCACAGUUCUUCCUUGGCUAUUCCUGGCCUAUCCCCCCUUCACCCAUGGUCUCGGGGAUGAACAAGACCGAUGUCAACGCUACUACCGACCAUUUAGGACCCAGGAGCCCUUCGCUUCUAUCCGACAUCUCCUUCUUCAACUGGUUCCCGUCGCAAGCUGCAAACCGCUUUCUAAUCGACGUCCUAGAGGGUCAAAUCAUAACCCUCGUGGUUGUGGUUGCCUUCAUCUUAAUAUUUCUAAUACGCGAGUGGGUCGUACAACAGCAGCCUGUGAUUAAUAUGGUAGCGCUUGGCGACGAUGCGGCUGCAAACAGGGCGGAGCCGGAAGCGCAGCAGCAUGACCAGGAUCUAGAGGAAGAGGAGCCAAGAGACGAAGACGAAGGCGUUCGCGUAUACGAUAACGACCAUCACGAGGACUCUGUUGCGGAGGACGAGGAGGACGAGACUCCUACACGCCCUGUCGUGCGCAAUCAUCGGUCUUCGUCGGCUCGCCGACGGCGCCAGGCUAUCUUCAGGACGUGGCAGGACAGCGACGAAAUUUCGGAAGAGCUGAAACGCGCGAUGCGGGAGGGCUCCGCAGAGGACGUUGCAAGGAUAAUCGAGCAAAUGCCUUUGGAAGAUUCCGAGAAGCUGAAGGCACAGCUUCUUGACCUGUCAAAGCAGAUGGGCGCGACCGAAACGGAGCGCGAUGUCUCCGUCCACACUACACCGCCAGGAGUAACAGAAGAAGCAGCCGGCUCAAGCAGCUCGGCCUUUCCUGAGCGGUCUAGCAGUCUAGCACAUCGCAUAGAGAGCGCUCACAACACCAUAGCACCGUCCAAAACCAAUAUCGCCGAGUCGUCAUCGCCUUCUCACCGACCCCACAUGCCGGCGAGAGAUCGAUCUUUCAUUGCUACCGAAAUUCAGCGGAGCAUGGAAGAGGGCAACUCUUGGUCGUUUGCUAAUGUUCCGGAUGCGUCCCAAGGCGAUCCGCAGAAAUCCCAAGAGGAACAUGUUCCUGACUCCUGGGAAGACGAAGAGGCAGGGCAUGUACAAGGUUCUAAGGAUAGCGAGCAUGGUGUCACGGACCAGGAACAAGGCAGCGACCACAGCAGCGAAAGUUGGCAACAAGUUCCGGACAUUGUUGUCGACGAGGGCGUCGAGCAAGAGCAUACGUCAAACAAGGGCAAAGGGAAAGUUAUAGACGAGAGCUCAGACGGUUCUCCGGCUGGCGUACUGACUCCUCCGGAAACCAUGGACGAACUCCUCGAACCCGCGUCUGCUCGUGAAGUCGAUGCUGCCUCUAAUGAGUCUGCCUGUGGUUCCGACUCGUAUCGCGAAGAGUCUGAACUCGAUGACCUGCCAACCUCGACGGAUUCAGAGCCGCCCUCAGAGCAAGCAGAAGAACAGGAACCGGAGCCUGCACCCGCUGUGCGGCCACCGCCACGCUUGCUGGACCGUAUCCUCGAUUGGAUCUUCGGGGACGUCGCUCCAGGCGCCCAAACUGCUGAGGAUGCUACCAAUGACGAGCAUGUUGUACAGGACCUGGCUGAUGAGGCACCGUUUGUCCCCUUUGCGGCGAACGAGCCUCGUGAACCGGCUGAUCCUCCUAUUCAAGACCCGGAAGUUGCAGCUGCGGCUGCGCAAGCUGGAAUUGACCUCAACGAUCAAGAUGCUAUCGACGACGCCGAAGACCUAGAAGGUAUAAUGGAGCUCAUCGGCAUGCAAGGCCCACUUACCGGUCUCUUCCAGAAUGCCAUGUUCAGCGCUGUCUUGAUAUCCGCAACGCUAGCCUGUGCCGUCUGGCUACCUUACCUCUGGGGCAAAGUGGUCAUCUUAUUCAUGGGCAGUCCUAUCUCGCUCUUUGUCAAGCUCCCACUCCAGCUUGUCGCGGCUUCGGCCGACUUGGUCGUCGAUGGCGCACUCUUCUUAGCAGCAGGGGUAGUGUUGUGCGCUCUGCAGUCUGUCUUGUUGCUCAUUAGAGUAAUUACUCUAGGCACGUUGACCAAACUCGCAGAACGUCCAAUCGGUUUGGUAGUUGGGCCAGUGCGGUCAAUUUCUCAGAACGCAGCAGAUCGCCUUGGGACGCUCGUGAAGCAGUCCCCUCUGUUGCCGCGCCCCAACUACUUCCGUCUAUCCAUCAACUCCCACGCGGCAUUGCGAACGAUUCAGAAUUCGACAUCAUAUACCUUGAAUCAAACGGGCACCAUGGUAGCUUCUUUUUACGAAGAUGUCACGGGCGAGUCACCUUCUGACGUCGCCCUCCGCGCUCUUCGUCAGGUACCCGUAUCGCUGCACGCCGCCGCCGACCUGGCGUACAACAAGACUACAUCUCUCCUCUCGUGGUUAUCGACUACAAAAUCUUACAAAAUCACCUUCGACCUUGAUUUAGGGGGUAAUGCUAGCGAUGCCUCUUCAGCUAUGGAGCAGUGGAGUGCGACUGACCGCUUGAUCGCCGUCUUCGCUGGCUACGCUUUCUUCGCCGUCGCUGGUGCCAUAUACCUCAAGCGCGGCGCGCCGCUCAGCACAUCGCAACAAGGCCAGAAGAUCGAACGCAUUGUUGCCGAUAUCCUCCAGCAAGCAGGGGGCGUAUUAAAGGUCAUAUUGAUCAUCUCCAUCGAGAUGCUCAUCUUCCCGUUAUAUUGUGGCCUCCUGCUUGAUCUUGCCCUGCUCCCUCUUUUCAAGGAUGCAAGCCUAUACACACGAUGGCAGUUCACCAUGGAAAGCCCCUGGAUAUCUGGAUUUGUUCAUUGGUUCAUCGGCACAUGCUACAUGUUCCACUUCGCGCUCUUCGUAUCCUUGUGCCGCAAGAUCAUGCGGAGAGGUGUCCUCUACUUCAUCCGCGACCCGGAUGAUCCGACCUUCCACCCGGUUCGUGACGUCCUCGAACGCAGCGUCACUACGCAGCUUCGCAAGAUAGCGUUCAGCGCGCUCGUAUACGGGGCUCUAGUUAUCGUCUGUCUUGGUGGGGUUGUGUGGGGUCUCAAUCAUCUCACGACUGGCGUACUGCCCAUCCACUGGGUUUCGCAUGCUCCGUCACUCGAGUUCCCUCUCGACCUCCUUUUCUACAAUUUCCUUACGCCGGUCAUCAUCAAACUGUACAAACCGAGUGACGGACUGCAUGUCACCUCUCAAUGGUGGUUCAGACGCUGUGCCCGCUGGCUUCGCCUGUCGGACUUCCUUUUCGGAGAGAAGAUCAAGGAAGAGGAAGGCCGCAAAGUUGGUGGACGGAUUGUCUUCAAUGGGAAGUAUGUCCGCGCUCCAGCAUCAGAUCAGGUUCGCAUCCCCAAGGGCGAACCAGUAUUUGUCGAAGUGGAUGAGCACAACGCGCGGAAAGACGGCAAGUCGGAAGAGGGAGGCGUGCACAACUCGGACAUGGUGACCAUGGUCUACAUCCCGCCGUGGUUCCGCGUCCGCAUCGCAGUUUUCGUGUUCACCAUCUGGAUCUUCGCGGCGGUAGCCGGUAUCAGCGUCACCAUCAUCCCUCUCCUGUUCGGCCGCUACCUCUUCUCUCUCUUCCUCCCGUCGCGCAUCGAAAUGAACGACAUCCACGCCUUCUCGCUCGGUGUCUACUCUCUUGGGACCGUCGCAUAUAGCAUCUACCAGCUGUACAAAUUCGUACGCAGCCUUCAUCGCCCAGUACCCUCUCCACUCACCACACUUUACACGGUCGCCGCGACAACGUCUCGUAUGGCGCUCCGUGUCAUUCGUUUCACCUACGUCUGGACGUCUCUCAUUAUGGUCAUCCCGUUCCUCUUCGCUGUGCUUAUCGAGCUCUACUUCCUCAUGCCGCUACACGCCUAUCUCGGCCCGUCAGAACCCCACGUCGUCCAUAUAAUCCAAGACUGGACACUGGGCUUUCUGUACGCGCGCCUUGCCGCACGCAUCAUCUUCGCAGACCGCGCGUCCCGUGCUGCUCGUGCCUUCUCUGCCGUCGUCACAAACGGCUACCUCAAUCCCAACGCACGCAUCGCCACGCGGUGCUUCUUGAUGCCUGUCGUCGCUGUCUUCGCAGCUGCGAUCAUUUUCCCGAGUUGCUUUGCACUGAUCAUGAACAAGACGGUCUAUUAUGCGGCGGAUGAAGCGACAAAGAGCCAGGUGUGGCGGUUCAGCUAUCCGGCUGUUGGGCUAUCGCUGAUCGCCAUGUGGACGAGCAAGGAAGGAUUAGAGGUGCUGAGGAGGUGGCGUAUGGUGGUUAGAGACGAGGUCUAUCUGAUUGGAGAGCGGUUGCAUAACUUUGGGGAGAGGAGGGCUCCUCCGGCUCCAGCGCAGACUAACGCAGUGCGAGCAUAGCAAUGGCAUUUGAUUGUGGCUUGGGUCCAAGGGGGAAUUAGGGAGGAGCAGGCUGGGCUUGGGUCUCGUGGGCUAUGGAGCC